AUGUCCAUUGCCGGCCGCUAUCGCCACAUCAUCAAGCUGGGCGAAGGGACCUACGGGGCGGUGUACAAGGCGACGGAGCGCGAUACCGGCCGCAUCAUUGCCUUCAAACGGAUGAUGUCCUCCAGCGACGACGAAGGGGUGCCCGGGACCGCUAUUCGCGAGAUCUGCCUUCUCAAGGAGCUCAAACACGACAACAUCGUGAGCAUGUACGAGGUCCUCUUUGAGCAGCCAAAGAUCACCCUCAUCUUUGAGCUCUGUGACUGCGACCUGAAGAAGUUCCUGGAGGACCAGCCCCUGGGCCGGAUGGACCCCCAGACCGAGGUCGGGCCGGGGCUGCGGCAGAUGUUCCUCGGCCUGCAGUACCUGCACCGCCGCGGCGUCGUCCAUCGCGACCUCAAGCCGCAGAACAUCUUUCUGAAUUUGCACCCUCGGGACCCACCAGGGGGUGGAAAAGGGGACGGGAGGCGGGAGGGCGAGAGGGGAGGAUCCUUCGGGAGGGACCCACGCAGUCGCGGAGGGGCGGAGGGGGGCGUCCGGGUGGAUAGCAGGACGGGGGGUCCCUCCGGGAUCUCCCCACCCGCGGCGCUCGGGGAUAGCCUCCCAACGGACCAAACUCGCGCGGACGGCGGCGGAAAGGCUGGUCCAUCGAUCGAUCACCGAACUGCCGCGGGCGGCGGUGGUGGGCGUCGCUUGAGUAUCAAACUCGGGGACUUUGGUCUUGCGCGUGUAAAUAAUAUUCCUGUGAAGAAGUACUCCCAUGAGGUUGUAACGUUGUGGUAUCGCAGUCCGGAUGUCAUGAUGGGCUCUGCGCUUUAUUCGUUUCCAGUAGACAUAUGGUCGAUGGGGGCUAUUUUCUUCGAAAUCGUGACCGGCAAGGUGCUUUUUUCCGGACGAAAUGAAGAGGAACAGCUUUUUCGGAUGUUUUUCCUUUUAGGCUCUCCCACACAUGAGUCGUGGCCAUCCAUGUUUACAUACCCGAAGGUACGCAAUCGGCUAGAGAGCCUCACGACAUUAGCAACGCAACUUUAUCAUGCCGCCAAUAUUGUUGAUAACAAGAGCUGUAAGGAUAGUCAUAACUCUUUGCAUAAUAGUAGUUGUAAUCAGGAUUUUUUUUUCGAUUUUAUCAAAAAACAUCUGAUAGAGAGCAUGAAAAAUGGCUGUUGUUCUAAAGGCGCCACCUCUGGCACCGACCAUUCCCAACUCCCAGGCGUUUUUUCGAAUCCGAAGGUUAAUUCCUACCAGCUCCCUGCCGAGCUAUGGUUUCCAAAUCCAAUGUUGGAUGCUUUUUUAGCAGAAACAGGUUUUAGGGAUGCUGUGGGUGAUGAUGGAGUUAAUCUUCUGCGGCGCACUCUUGAGUACGAGCCAUCAUGCCGAAUAACUUGCGAUGACGCACUACAGCAUCCAUUCCUUGUGAAUGUGCAAUUGUCAUCGGCAGGUAUAAUGGAACAAUUAGAAAGGGACCUCAUGAAUUCACUUCAAGCUGCAGGCAUAUGA